AUGGCGGUUAUCUAUCCGACCACUCGAUCGCAAGAAUCAAGCGUGCAUCAGAUCACCAAACGAAGCAACUGGGCGAGCAAGAAUCCAGGAGUGGUGCUGGUGUUUUGUAUCGUCUUUCUUGUCGGACUUGGGAUCGUCUCCCUCUUCAUCUACCGUCGUGUGUUACAAAAGAAAGCAGAGAAGGAAAAGUUCGAGACAACCGAGGCAUCCUAG